GCUUUAGGAGUUUACCAAUUAAAUCCUAACCUUCCGUUCAUUCAACUAGCGAGGGUAGCAGUCAGAGCUUAGCGAGCGGUGUGGCCGGUGAGCCAUGGCGAGCGAUGCGUUGCUGAAAAGGCUGGUGUUCGCCUUGAACGGGCGGCGGUACGAGGUGGCCGGCGGCGACGUUGACGCAUCGACGACGCUGCUGGAGUUCAUCCGCACCCGGACGCCAUUCAGGGGGCCCAAGCUCGGCUGUGGAGAAGGCGGAUGUGGGGCUUGUGUAGUCCUUAUAGCAAAGUAUAAUCCAAUGACAGAUGAAGUGACCCAAUUUUCUGCAAGUUCAUGCCUGACACUCUUUUACAGUCUAAAUUUCUGCUCAGUUAUCACCACCGAGGGUCUUGGGAAUACCCGAGAUGGUUUUCAUGCUAUUCAGAAAAGAAUAUCUGGGUUUCAUGCCACUCAGUGUGGCUUCUGCACUCCUGGCAUGUGCAUGUCUAUUUUCUCUUCCCUUGUCAGUGCUGACAAUUCCAAGAGGCCUGAACCACCAAAUGGGUUCUCAAAACUAAUAGUAUCAGAAGCAGAAAAGGCUUUCUCAGGCAACUUAUGUCGAUGCACUGGUUACCGACCAAUUGUUGAUGCCUGCAAAAGUUUUGCAUCAGAUGUUGACUUGGAGGAUUUGGGCCUUAACAUAUUCUGGAAAAAAGGCGAUAAGAAAUCAGAUGUUGGCAAGUUGCCAAGUUACACUCUUGGUGGUGGAAUAUGCACUUUUCCAGAAUUUCUAAAGACUGAGAUCAAAUCUUCGCGAGAUAAUCUGGAUGAUGCUAACAUUACAGUCUCCAAGGAUAGUUGGUACCAUCCUAGAUUGCCAAGUAACAUUCUUUGCGGUGGAAUCUGCACUUUUCUGGACUGUCUAAAGUCUGGCCUCAAAUCUUCGCGAGAUCAUCUGAAUGAUGCUAACAUUACAGACUCCAAACAAGGCUGGUAUCACCCUAGAAGUAUUAAACAAUAUUACGAAUUAGUAAAUUCUACUCUAUCUGGCGAAUGUUCUGUCAAAGUGGUGGUUGGGAACACUAGUGCUGGUGUGUACAAGGAUCAGGACCUUUAUAAUAAGUAUAUUGACAUAGAAGGAAUUCCAGAACUCUCAUAUAUCAUAAGGAAAGAUGGGGGCAUUGAAAUUGGAGCAGCAACAACAAUUUCUAGGAGCAUUGAAAUACUUGAGCAAGAAAAUAAUUCCAAAUCCUCUCCAAAUGGAAGUGUGGUUUUCAAAAAACUUGCUGAGCACAUGAGCAAAGUUGCUACACCAUUUGUCCGCAACACAGCUAGCCUUGGAGGAAACAUAAUUUUGGCACAAAAAUACCAAUUUCCCUCAGAUAUUGCAACCAUACUACUCGGUGCUGGUUCAACUGUUUGCCUUCAGGUUGUUGCAGAACGGAGACAUAUUUCUUUGGAAGAGUUCCUAGAGCAGCCUCCUUUGGAUCCUACUACUACUUUACUUCUGAGCAUAUUUAUUCCACAUUGGAUUUCAGAUACUCAGGCACAAACAAGUUUGGUCUUUCAAACUUACCUAGCAGCUCCUCGUCCUCUUGGAAAUGCUGUUUCGUAUGUAAACUCUGCUUUCUUGGGGCAUGUUUGCUUUGAUGAAUCAUCAGGUGAUCUUGUACUGAGUAACCUGCACUUGGCUUUUGGUGCCUAUGGAACAGAACAUGCUCUUAGAGCAAGGAAUGUGGAGAAGUUCUUAACUGGUAAAUUACUCACUGCAUCGAGUGUACUUGGAGCAAUUCAGUUACUUAGAGAAACAAUUGUACCAACGAAGGGAACAUCGCAUCCUGAAUAUAGAAUCAGUGUGGCUGUUGGAUUUCUCUUCAGUUUCCUUUCUCCACUUGCUAAAGGCAUGGCAGUGCCUGGAAAACCUUUUAGCAUUAGCUCUGCUAAUUCUUUGGAUACAGAUGAUAUCUAUAACUUGACAUUGUCUUCACGUCGAGAAACGACUUCUGGUGAUGAAUAUAAACCAAUUGGUGAGCCAAUGAAGAAGUAUGGAGUUGAGCUUCAAGCUUCGGGUGAGGCUGUAUAUGUAGAUGACAUUCCAGCUCCAAAGAAUUGCCUGCAUGGAGAAUUUAUUUACAGCACACAACCUCUUGCUUUUGUCAAGAAUAUUAAAUUCAAGUCUUCAUUAGCAUCAGAGAAGAUCAUCACAGUUGUUUCUGCCAAGGAUAUUCCAAGCAAAGGGCGAAAUAUCGGAUCAAUGUCCAUGUUUGCUGAGGAACCACUAUUUGGUGAUCCAAUUGUCGAGUUUGCCGGGCAAGCUCUUGGUGUUGUGAUUGCAGAAACACAGAGAUAUGCUGACAUGGCGGCAAAACAGGUUGUUAUUGAAUAUGAUACAGUAGAUUUGAACUCACCAAUCUUAACCGUGGAACAAGCAGUGCAAAACAAAAGCUAUUUCAAUGUUCCUGCUGCUUUAUAUCCCAAGCAAGUUGGUGAUUUUUCCAAGGGCAUGGCUGAAGCUGAUCACAAGCUACUGUCAAUCCAAGUAAAACUUGCCUCUCAGUACUACUUCUACAUGGAAACACAAACAGCACUAGCAAUUCCAGACGAAGAUAACACCAUGGUUGUCUACAGUUCAUCACAAUACCCUGAGCUUGCACAGACCGUCAUAGCUAAGUGCCUUGGUGUCCCGUUUGGCAAUGUGCGUGUCAUUACAAGAAGGGUUGGAGGAGGCUUUGGUGGAAAGGCAUAUCGAUCGUUCCCUGUUGCAACAGCAGCUGCACUUUGCGCAUACAAGUUACGAUGUCCCGUGCAGAUGUACCUUAAUCGUAAUACUGAUAUGAUCAUGGUUGGCAGUAGGCACCCCAUGAAGGCUCAUUACUCUGUUGGUUUUAAGUCUGAUGGAAAAAUUACAGCCUUACACCUGGAUUUACUAAUUGAUGGUGGGAUAUCUGAAGAUUUAAGCCCAGUAAUACCUAGCGGUGUUAUAUCAAGUCUGAAGAAGUACAACUGGGGUGCUCUCUCAUUUGACAUCAAGCUUUGCAAAACAAACAAUACAUCUAAAUCAACAAUGCGUGCUCCUGGAGAUACACAAGGUUCUUUAAUUGCUGAAGCUAUCAUUGAGCAUGUUGCUUCAGUGCUAUCGCUUGACGCUAACCGUGUUAGGGAGAAGAAUUUUCACACCUAUGAUAGUCUUCAGCUGUUCUACCCAGAUAGUGCUGGUGAAGCUUCUACGUACACAUUACAUUCCAUUUUUGAUAGAUUGGUGUCAACUUCGAGCUACCUGGAUCGAGCUGAAUCCAUCAAGCAGUUUAACAAGUGCAAUAAAUGGUGGAAACGGGGCAUCUCUUGUGUGCCCCUCAUUUUCAAAGUUGAACCGAGAGCAGCUCCAGGAAGAGUUUCUGUGCUCAAUGAUGGCUCCAUCGUGGUUGAGGUUGGAGGAAUUGAAAUUGGGCAAGGACUGUGGACGAAAGUACAGCAGAUGACAGCUUUCGCUUUGGGGCAGUUGUGGCCUGAGGGGUGCGAAGGCCUUCUGGAGAGAGUGCGGGUUCUUCAGACUGAUACAUUGAACUUAAUACAGAGUGGAGUUACCGGUGGCAGCAGUACUUCUGAAUCUAGUUGUGCAGCAACCCUUCAGGCGUGCAAGCUGCUGGUUAACAGAUUGAAUCCAGUCAUGAAUAAGCUCCAACUGCAAUCAUCCACUGUCUCGUGGGAUAAUUUGAUUUCUCAGGCCUCUCAGGAAAAUGUGAAUUUGUCAGCAAGUGUGUACUGGGUACCUGACCAAGGCUCCAAUAGCUAUUUGAACUAUGGAGCUGGAAUAAGUGAGGUUGAGAUUGAUCUUCUUACAGGAGCAAUUACUAUACUAAGGAGUGAUCUUGUGUAUGACUGUGGCAGGAGUUUGAACCCUGCAGUCGACUUGGGCCAGAUUGAGGGUUCCUUUAUACAAGGAGUUGGUUUCUUCAUAUAUGAAGAACACCAGACAAACAGUGACGGCCUGGUAGUUAGCAACAGCACAUGGGACUACAAGAUCCCAAGCGUCGACACCAUCCCAAAGCAGUUCAAUGUCGAAGUGCUGAACACUGGAUAUUGUAAGGACCGUGUGCUUUCUUCAAAAGCUUCUGGUGAACCUGCCGUGGUUCUUGCAUCAUCCGUCCAUUGUGCACUGAGAGAAGCAAUCCGAGCAGCAAGAAAGGAGUUUGCAGACAGCACUGGAUCAAAAAGCUCACCGUUGACAUUCCAGCUCGAUGUCCCUGCACCAAUGACAGUGGUGAAGGAACUGUGCGGUUUCGAUAUUGUGGAGAGGUACCUAGAAAGCCUAUCAACGAUGAAUUAGCAAGUGGAGCGUAAUCUGCGGCUGUCACCGCCAACAUUGAGAGGGGUGGUAUGACCCUUAUAAUAUGAUCUUCCGUGUAAUGGAGAAAAAUAGGCAGAAAUGUUUGAAUUAUUUGUAUUUACUAGGGAUGUCUAACGUCCCAAAUUUCAGUUUUGGAAAAUUAUAUCGGAAUCAA